GCAUUUCGCCACUUCGAGUUCCGCUGCAGCAAUGUUGGCAAGGGUGGAUGGCACCUUAUCCUUGACUGUCUUCUUCAGGCCACAUAGCGAUAUUGGUAUUGGCAGAUACUCCAACCUUGAAGGGCGCUCUAAUUGGCCGAGCUUGCGAGGCGUUGUUUACAGAGGGGUUAGUUUUUUUUUCGUGGGAAUAUACCGUGUGAAAGUGUAAUCCCACCCCCCCAUGGCCACCCC